UUAUAAAGCCUUUUCCCGUCGUUCGAACCGUCUUAGUUGUCUGUGAGGCCGGCGGGGCGGAUCCCACACUAGAGAGAAAGCGAAAAUAAAGCAACACAACAGUAAAAACAAUUUGAUCGUUUCGUAAGUUUCGCUAGCAAGCUCCCCUGUGGAUAUAUAACAUCAAGAUGCCCUCAGCAAUGAAUGCAAAUAGGACAGUGCAGUCUGCCAGCCCGGAAAUGGGAUCCGCUCCAGGGUUACUGGGCAAUUUUGCACUCGGUGGCCAGUCAGAAGUCUUGAAGCAAGUGCUGUGUGUCAUUGACAAGAAGGUCCGUAACAUGGAAAAGAAAAAGAGCAGACUGGAUGAUUAUCAAGUCAGGAAGAAAAAAGGCGAGCGACUCAAUCAGGACCAGCUGGACGCCCUUUCUAAAUAUCAGGAAGUCAUGAAUAACUUGGAGUUCGCCAGAGAGUUGCAAAAGACGUUCAUUGCGUUGGGACAAGAUAUCCAGAAAGUGGUAAAGAAGUCUGCACGGCGGGAGCAGCUGCAGCGAGAAGAGGCUGAGCAGAGACGACUGAAGACGGUUCUGGAGCUGCAGUUCCUCCUGGACCGGCUGGGAGAUGACACUGUGCGACAGGACCUGAAACAAGGAGUUAGUGGCUCACCGCUGAUGACGGAUGCAGAUCUCGCAGCUUUUGAUGAGUUCUACAAGUUGGUGGGGCCAGACCGUGAUCAAAACAUCAGGUUGGCUGACCAGUAUGAAGAAGCAUCUGUGCAUCUCUGGGACCUGCUGGAAGGGAAGGACAAGGCUGUAGUUGGAACGACAUACAAAGCACUGAAAGACACUCUGGACCAUAUUCUGCUGAGUGGGUACUUCGACCGGGUCUCAUCUCACCAAAACGGAGUGUGUGUGGAGGAAGAGGAGGAAGAGCCAGCUGUAGCAGCUGAAUUGUCAGAAGUAGAAGAGCAGACUGUUGAUCCAGAAACUGAAAUAAUUGAGGAGUUCACAGAGCCCAUUGCGGUGGAAACAACAGAGUUUGUAAAUAGACAGUUCAUUUCAGACAGCACAUACAGCGGCAGUGAGAAGGAGCAGGGGGAUGAGUGGGCCACGGAAACAGAGGCAGUCGGUGUCAUGCAGCAGCCCAUGCAGCCUGUAGCACCCCCUGUUGCCUUGGAGACCCACCCCAUGAACUUAUCUCCUGUGCCACCUACCGACCCCUUGGUCAGGAAGCAGGUUGUGCAGGACUUAAUGGCACAAAUGCAGGGAACAUACAACUUCAUGCAGGACUCCAUGCUGGAGUUUGAUGGACAGCCCAUUGACCCAGCCAUUGUAUCAGCACAGCCCAUGAAACCUGCUCAGAGCAUGGACCUACCACAGAUGGUGUGUCCUCCAGUUCACCCCGAGUCCCGACUGUCACAGCCCAACACUGUUCCUGUCCAACCUGAGCCUACACAAAUCCCUAUCGUCUCCCCAACACCGCCCCCGCUGUAUCAGACCUCGCACACACCAGAUCCUCGACCUCCAACAGAAUCUAUCGACCCCAUCCAGACCUCAAUGUCGUUAACGUCAGAGCAGCCUCCCCACUCUACAGCUCUGUCCCCGGCCUCUCAGACACAGGUUUUCCAGCCUGUUUCCAAAUCUCCUCACAGCAGUGGCAUCAAUGUCAAUGCGGCACCAUUCCAAUCAAUGCAAACAGUGUUCAACCUCAAUGCCCCAGUCCCACCAGCUAAUGAGACAGAGGCUUUGAACCACCAAUACCAGAACGGCUACAACCAGGCUUUCAGCAGCCAGACACAGCAUACUGUGGAGCAGACAGAGAUGCAGUCAGAACAACUGCAGUCUGUAGUUGGUGCCUUCCAUUCCCAAGACCAGUCAGGAGGCCAUCAGCAGCCUUCCCAGCAGGGUCCCGGCUUUGGCAGGCAAACUCAAUCCUUAUAUAACAGCAGAGGCAUGUCUCGUGGUGGACCCCGCAAUGCCAGGGGCAUGAUCAAUGGCUACAGAGGCUCAUCAAAUGGAUUCAGAAGUGGCUAUGAUGGUUAUCGUCCUCCUUUCGCCAAUACGCCAAACUCUGGUUAUGGACAGACGCAGUUCAGUACACCUCGCGACUACUCAAAUGGCAAUUACCAGAGGGAUGGUUACCAACAGAACUACAAGCGUGGAACUGGUCAGGGACCCAGAGGAGUGUCAAGAGGCAGCACUCAGGCACUGCGAUCCUGAAAAGGCCUUUCAUAAUGACUGUGACUGUUUAACUUGCACCACACUGAAAAUUCAAAAAUGCAUUUGCCCCAGCCCACUUAAAGUUCUCUCUUCCUUUGUUCUUCAUCAGUGGUAUUUUUCCUGUCUCUUCAAUCAAAGUAUUGCCUGCUUUGAUAUUUGGAAUCACAAAAGUCUAAAACGCAAGCUAAGCUGUAAAUCCAGCCAUCGAUCUACACAUGGCUUGUUUCAAUAUUCCUGUAAACUUGAAAGUUUUCAUAAGUUAUUUUUUGUAUAAAAACGCACCAGCCACUGCUGAUUCUGUCCAGGGGAGUUCAUUCCCGUUCUCUUUUGUCAUUUUGGUUUUUAAAAAAAAAAAAAAAAUCCAUGUUUUUGUUCAUUGAGCUCCCAUUUCCUUGUUUGUAAAUUGAUGUUGCUUCAAGAGUUUCAAUAAAGUCGUUGCAUACCCAUG